UCGCCCGCACAGUGAGGAUGUGGCGGCUAUAAAAGCCCCACCCAGGCCUGCCGGCUCCGCUCGGCAUCUGGGGACGCUUGCAGCUCUCGGCGCUCGGCCCAGCCUUUUGCAAAAUGUCUACUGUUCACGAAAUCCUGUGCAAGCUCAGCUUGGAGGGUGAUCACUCUACACCCGCAAGUGCAUACGGGUCCGUCAAAGCCUACACCAACUUUGAUGCUGACCGGGAUGCUUUGAACAUUGAAACAGCCAUCAAGACCAAAGGUGUGGAUGAGGUCACCAUCGUCAACAUCUUGACCAACCGCAGCAAUGAACAGAGACAGGAUAUUGCCUUCGCCUACCAGAGAAGGACCAAAAAGGAACUUGCGUCAGCACUGAAGUCAGCAUUGUCCGGCCACCUGGAGACGGUGAUUUUGGGCCUGUUGAAAACACCUGCCCAGUACGAUGCUUCGGAGCUGAAAGCCUCCAUGAAGGGGCUGGGGACUGAUGAAGACUCUCUCAUUGAGAUCAUCUGUUCACGGACCAACCAGGAGCUGCAGGAAAUUAACAGAGUCUACAAGGAAAUGUACAAGACUGACCUGGAGAAGGACAUUGUUUCCGACACGUCUGGCGACUUCCGCAAGCUGAUGGUCGCCCUCGCAAAGGGAAGACGAGCAGAUGAUGGCUCUGUCAUUGAUUAUGAACUGAUUGACCAAGAUGCCCGGGAUCUCUAUGAUGCCGGAGUGAAGAGGAAAGGAACUGAUGUUCCGAAGUGGAUCAGCAUCAUGACUGAGCGGAGCGUGUGUCACCUCCAGAAAGUCUUUGAAAGGUACAAGAGCUACAGCCCUUAUGACAUGUUGGAGAGCAUCAAGAAGGAAGUCAAGGGAGACCUGGAAAAUGCUUUCCUGAACCUGGUCCAGUGCAUCCAGAACAAGCCCCUGUAUUUUGCUGACCGACUGUACGACUCUAUGAAGGGCAAGGGCACUCGUGAUAAGGUCCUGAUCAGAAUCAUGGUUUCCCGCAGUGAAGUGGAUAUGUUGAAAAUUAGGUCUGAAUUCAAGAGAAAGUACGGCAAGUCCCUCUACUACUACAUCCAGCAAGACACCAAGGGUGACUACCAGAAAGCGCUGCUCUACCUGUGUGGAGGCGAUGACUGAGCCCAGGAUGGCGCCAGCGAGAGUGCGUCCAGGAACAGUGCUCCUGUGUUUCCAGCUAACAAUUCUAGAAAUCAGCUUGCCACUAACAGCCCCUGUACCCAGCAUUGUGAGCAUGACGUUAGCAUAGCCGGCCUCCCCAUCCUUAUUUCAUUUGCCUAAGCAUUGCCUGGCUUUCCUGUGUAGUCUCUCCUUUUAGCCAAAGAAAUGAACAUUCCACAGAGCUGGAAGUGAAAUCUAUGAUGUGAAACACUUUGCCUCUUGUGUACUGUGUCAUAAACAGACGAAUAAACUGAAUUUUUACUUUAGAA